CUGGAGGAGUGAACUAACCUAUCCAUACCAUCGUUCCUAAAGCAUACCUACACGUCAAUAACUGUACAACGGUCCCAGGGGAUGUCUAAAGAGGCGAAGCGGUCCUCUAGAAGUUUACCUAAAACAUCAUGAUCGAGCUUGACGACAUAUUCUUCACAGAGCCAGAGAAAACAACAGGUGUGUUUAACGGUUACAAUUCUUUUGUGAGUGCGGACACUGAGUUAGAUUGGCGGGAAAGCCCUUACAACCCUGAACCUCCAGGACAUUAACUACACGGUCGGACAGCGCCAGGGACGAUGGUGGCAGGGAGCAUGUUUCAGGCCCGUUAGAAAGAAGCUUGUACUGGAUAAUCUCACUAUCCAGUUCAACAGUGGUCAACUGACGGCAGUGCUGGGUAGUUCAGGUUCCGGGAAAACGUCCUUACUGGAUGUUAUUGCACACCGGACUGAUGGCGAAUUGACGGGAAAGAUGACACUUAACAAAUUUGAAUGUACGAAGGAUUUUGUUAGACAAAGCACUGCUUAUGUCAUACAAACAGACCGUCUGUUACACACUCUAACAGUGAAAGAAACACUUAUGUAUGCCGCCCUCCUACGUCUGCCCAGCAUGACCACGAAGAAGGAGAGGAUUGCUAAGGUCGACACAGUGAUACAAAAGAUGGGGCUGAACCCAGUGAGGAACUCCAAAGUCGGGGGACUGAUUGAAAGAGGCAUCUCGGGAGGGGAGAAGAGACGCGUGACCAUUGCUAUCCAACUCCUACAGGAUCCAAGUAUUCUGCUUCUGGACGAGCCGACCACUGGUCUGGACAGCUACACAGCACGUCAUCUGGUCAGUAGUCUAGCCGAACUGGCACACAGGGGCACCAUUGUCAUUCUCUCUAUCCACCAGCCUCGAUCUGACAUAUUUGGACUGUUGGACAAGGUGGCACUGAUGAGCACCGGACGUAUGGUUUAUUAUGGCGACACCAACAAAAUGGUGGAACACUUCACGCUUGCAGGCUACCCCUGUCCACAGUAUGCUAACCCACUCGAUCACUAUGUUGAUGUAGCUAGUGUCGACCGUCGAACUGUACAACGGGAAGCAUUAACAUCACAGAAACUCAACAAGCUUGUUCAAAUCUAUCAAAACUCGCUCAUCUUUGAUGACAUUCGACAUGACGUAAGGAAACUAAUGAAACAGUCACACAAAAACGAAAAAUCAAUGGAAGUCCAUCGGCCAACUAAACCGAACGUAUUCCGUGUGAUAUACACACUCCUGAGUCGCUGUUACCGCCACACUGGUAGAGACCGAAGUAUCUACUUUAGUCGGACGUUCCUGCUGUUUUCUUUCGUGCCUUUCAUCUGUCUGUUCCUGCUACAGAUGGGUACCGACCAGCGAAGCAUACAGGAUCGCAUUGGGUUGAUAUACCAGGGCACCAGUGUACCAUCCUACAUGGGAUUGAUGAACGGGUUCUACCUCUUCCCACCAUUAAGAGAUCUGUAUUACCGGGAAUCCAUGGACGGCCUGUACACGUCCGUAACAUUCGUCAUUGCCUACGCGCUGUAUGCGAUCCCCUUCCACGUAAUCAGCACCGUCCUCUUCAGCAUCGUCGUUUAUUGGGCGACAGGUAUGUACAGCGACUGGAUAAAGUACGCCAUAUUCAACGCCGUCCUGACCUUACUCCAGUUCGUGUACGAGAUGCUGACCAUUGGUGCCAUGGGCUUUUUCCUAGAUCCACGUCUCGCCAUCAACGUAACUACUCUUAUCAUGACAUUUGGAUACCUCAUCUCUUCUGGUCUCAUCAGGCGCCUGGAUAACAUGUUGGACAUCAUACAGUGGUUAAGCUACGCCGGGGUACACAAGUACGCCUCACAGCUUCUGGUGGUCAACGAGUUUCAGGACCUGGUGUUCCAAUGUACCAACUCCACCACUGAACCGUGUCAGUACCGAAACGGAAGUGCCUUCCUGGACGCCUAUUUCCCUGGAGCAGAGGACACGAUAACUCGUGACGGUGGGAUUCUCGCAGGAUUUUUCGGUUUCUUUCUUCUCCUCCCUAUAUUGACGUACACAUUCAGGGGUGGAAGGAAUCUGCACUAGUAAGGACAUGUCAGGAUAUCGGCCACUGGGUGGAGUUAAAGGGGUCAGGCAGGAACAAUUUGUAACGGCAGGAAUACCCGUGUUCUAGAGGACAACCAUCAAUAUUGUUCCAACAGUCAGUCGAUUAUAUGAUUUAGUGAAAAGUGCACUCACCUUUCACCGGGGUUGGAUUAUAUUGGAAGAAAAGGCACGAAGCAUCGCCUGGUCAGGUGUUUUUCCUGCAACUCCUGUUUCCUCUAGACACUUUCAACACGUUAUCACUCGGAGUGAUAAUCAUAAUUUCCUGAUUUUGUUGAGUGAUUGAUUUAUAAUAAGAUUAUUUAUAGAAUGUAAAGUGAGGAUGCGACAAUCCUCCUGCCUUUUUACGUCCUGUUUACCGACGCUAAAUCGACACUAUUUUCGUUUUUCAUAAACUCACUGUGAAUAUUCCAUAUUGUUAUUU